AUGUCGGUCGUCAGUCUUCUUGGGGUCAAGAUUGUCAACAAUCCCGCCUCUUUCUUGGACCCGUAUCAGUUUGAAAUCACGUUUGAGUGUUUGGAACAGCUUCAGAAGGAUCUGGAAUGGAAGCUCACCUACGUCGGUUCUGCUACUUCCUCCGAAUAUGACCAAGAACUCGAUUCGCUCCUGGUCGGCCCUAUCCCGGUCGGCGUCAACAAGUUCAUCUUUGAAGCCGACCCUCCGGACCUCAAACGGAUCCCCACAUCCGAAAUUCUCGGAGUGACCGUGAUUCUUCUCACCUGCAGUUACGACAGCAGGGAGUUUGUCCGAGUGGGUUACUACGUAAACAAUGAGUAUGAUUCGGAGGAGCUGGCUGCGGACCCCCCUGCGAAGCCCAUCAUUGAGCGAAUUCGCCGGAACAUUCUUGCUGAAAAGCCCAGAGUGACUCGGUUUGCAAUCAAAUGGGAUUCGGAAGAAUCCGCCCCUGCGGAAUACCCGCCAGACCAGCCAGAGGCCGAUAACCUGGACGACGAUAGUGGCGCCUACGGUGCGGAAGAAGCAGAGCUGGAGGCCGCCUUGGAACGCGAACUCGCCGAGGCCGAGAAGCAAGAUAAUAAGAACGAAGACCACGAAAUGGAAGGCGCCGAGCCCAGCGGUGGCAAGGACGAAGAGGAGGAAGAUAUCUCCGACGCCGAGAGUGAGGACAUUGAGGAUGAAAGUGACGAUGACGAUGAUGAACUCGAGGAGGAAGACGGUGGUGAUGGCGACGAGGACGUCGAAAUGGGCGACGACUCUGAGCAGAAGGAUGAGCCUGCCAACGGUAACAAGGCGAAUCCCGCUGCCCCCCAACCUCAUCAGUCGGAGGUUAUGGUCCAUUGA